CACAGCACAACCCCUAAAAAGGACUGAUAGAGAGCGAGACACGGGCAGUUAGAGACUGUGUGUGUGUGUGUGUGUGUGUGGGUCAGACUCUAAGAGAUAAGCAGAGUUGGUCUCAGGAUGCCUGCAUACGCUACCAACAUGAGGCUCAAGUUCCCCGUCGUGGCUUUGGUUUUGGAGAUUAUCACCAUCAUUCUGUUUGCAGUGUUUGUGGUCUAUGAUGAUGGGAAAAGUCAUGGGCAUGGUGCACAUUCCAAUGAGACCGCACAUCCACAGCCGCCAAUGGAGCUCUACCCCAUGUUUCAGGAUGUCCACGUCAUGAUCUUCAUUGGCUUCGGCUUCCUGAUGACCUUCCUGAAGAGAUAUGGGUUCAGCAGCGUGGGGGUCAACUUGCUCCUAGCUGCCUUCGGCCUGCAGUGGGGCCUCCUCAUGCAGGGCAUCUGGGACCUGGAUGAUGGCAAGAUCAAAGUCAGCAUUUUCAAAAUUAUUAAUGCAGACUUCAGCACAGCUACAGUCCUGAUCUCUUUUGGGGCAGUUCUGGGUAAAACCAGCCCUGUACAGCUCCUCAUCAUGACCAUCCUGGAGAUCACCAUCUUUUCCAUUAACGAACACUUGGUCGGACAUGUCCUUCAUGCUAAUGAUGUAGGAGCGUCUAUGAUCAUUCAUGCUUAUGGAGCCUACUUUGGCCUGGCAGUGGCUCGAGUCCUUUACAGACCAGGGUUAAGAAACGGACAUGAGAAAGAAGGAUCUGUUUAUCACUCCGAUCUGUUUGCCAUGAUUGGAACAGUCUUCCUGUGGAUGUUCUGGCCCAGUUUUAACUCAGCCAUUGCUGACCCAGGCUACGUUCAGCUCACAGCAGUGAUUAACACAUACCUCUCCCUGGCCACCUGCGUACUGUCUGCCUAUGCCAUCUCCAGUCUGGUGGAGCACAGAGGAAAACUGGAUAUGGUGCACAUUCAGAAUGCCACUUUGGCAGGCGGAGUUGCUGUAGGAACAUGUGCUGACAUGGCCAUCGGGCCAUAUGGGGCAAUGCUGAUUGGAUUAGUGGCUGGCAUCAUCUCUACCUUGGGCUUUAAGUACCUCAGUCCUAUCCUGGCAUCCAACCUUGGCAUCCAGGACACCUGUGGUGUCCACAAUCUGCACGGCAUGCCUGGCAUCCUUGGUGGGUUGGCUGGUAUUGUGGCCGUGGCUUUGGGGAAGAAAAAGGGUGAUGCUUCCAUGCAAGCUGCUGCCUUGGCUUCAUCCCUCGGGUUUGCUUUGGUUGGAGGUGCUGUAACAGGUUUAAUAAUGAAGUUGCCAUUCUGGGGACAACCUCCAGACCAGAACUGCUUUGAUGACUCCAUUUACUGGGAGGUUCCUGAGGAGGAAGAGGAGCAUGAAGAGAGCUUGGCUCAUGCUGAUCACUCAAAGAACAAAGCAGAGGCUUAAUAUCUGCCAACGAUCCACCAAGUUACAAAUAAAUGAGUGAAAGAUCGUUAAUCAAGUCCACGUACAAGAGAUAGUUGUUACAGUAUGGUGAAAAAUAAAGUUAAACAGAUAAUUUCCUCAUUAUAUUGACACAAAAGCAGGCCAUUUCGAAGAUUUUUUGUGAGCAAAGAUGCAUAGACAGUGCAAUAGCCAUCUAAGUAGACUUAAAAUGUGUUGAUUUGAAGAAAACUCCAAAACAAACAUGGAUGCAAAAAAAAAGGUUAAGAAUUUGUAGAAGACAUUCAGGGAUUUUUACACCAAAAUUUGUGAUCCAUAUUUUCAUCCUAAAGCUGCUGUAGAAACACAGUGGAUCAAAUAAUAGCUUUAUUGCUGCCUCAUACACAACUACUUUCAUAAGCUUUUUUCUUUAUUUCAUUUUAUAUUAUGAUACAGCAUGCUUCAAGAUAUUAGUCUAGUGUGUAUUUUUCUUUUUAUAUGUUCUUUUAUAUUUUAUAUGUAUUUUUUGCCGAGGCUUUGGUCAAAGAAAAGGCUUAAACCUGCUUUGAUAUGUAGCUUCAUGUCACCUCACUGGAGCCCAGUCCUGUGGCAAGGAGUUAGAGUCAGACUGUGUGAAACCAGCAUUGGUGCUCUGACAUGGGCAGGGAUAGUCAUAUUAUAUGUUUCACUAAUGAACUUUUUAUUUUGUUCAUCAUCUUCUAUUCACAUCUUCUAUCAAUCUGAUGGCAGCUGAACAAUUUCUAUAAUACAUUGUGAUUUGUGUUCAGAUCUGUGCAUUUAGCAAAACAUUGACUGAAGAUUCAUUGUUUAUCCAAGUUCUAUUCUGUGUAUUCUUACAUGUACAUACAGUUUAGCUUUGCAUUGGAUUGACUCGGCCAGUUUCAUGAAGGCCCUGCUAAGUUCUGCAAGAACUUCUGGUACUGAAUAUUUUUCAGAUAUCUUUAAAUGAUCAAACAGGAACUUCCACACCGAUUAAAAGCAUUUAUGAGGUGCAACUGUGACAAUUAACUAUCUUUUCUCUUACUACUAUUUGCGAUAGGUGGCUUUUUCUUGAACCUGUUAUCUCUGAAGGUCAGAUUUAACUGUGUUUAACAUAAACAACAAUGGACUGCAGGGCCAGACUAAACUGACUACACCUACAAUAUUGUUACUCACUGAUAUUCUGUAUGUGAAAUGAUUUAUGAUGCCCAAGACACUGACACGCAACAAGAUUUUGUAUUUUUUAUACAUUGAGCAUGUGCUCUAAUUUGAAUUAUAUACUAAUACUGUCAUAAUAAAUAUGUUUUUGUAUGAUA